CCGAUAUUACCCAUUUGACACCUCUCUAUAGUCUAUAUACUUUCUCCAAUAGAAAAACCAACCUUUCCUGAGAAUCUAUCCUUCUUUCCUUUCCUUUCAGUUACAAAUCAAACUUUGCCCACUAAUCACUCACUCUCUCUUUAUAUAUUUAUAUAUAAAUACAAGUAUAUAUAUAAAUAUCUCUGGUUCUCUAAUUCUCUUGGUAAAUAUAUACGUAUAUAGAAAACCAAACUUGGUUUUCUCUACUGGCUUGAACGUGUUUUGGUUCAGUGGCUUUAUCAUGGAGAGUAACUCCUUGCCCCAACAAAAGCCGAAGCCUUUAACACGUCUCAACGCUUUUGUAGCCAAGAGUCGAGUCGGGAAGCGGUUCAAACUCAAUGAACGCAACUCUACUUUCACCACCGAGUUACGAGCCGGCACCGCCACGUUUCUUACGAUGGCUUACAUUUUAGCCGUCAAUGCUUCCAUUCUCGCCGACUCUGGAGGAACCUGUACCGUUGCUGAUUGUGUACCGCUUUGUUCAGACCCUUCCAUCGCUGUCUCCAACUGCACCGGGUCCUCUCUCCGGGUCGUUCAACCCGAUGAUUCAUGCAAGUUCAACCCGGUUAACCCCGGUUACUCUUCAUGUUUAGAUAAAGUACGUAAAGAUCUUAUUGUAGCCACCGUGGCUUCUUCUCUUAUUGGGUGUUUAAUAAUGGGCGCCUUUGCAAAUUUGCCACUGGCCUUGGCUCCAGGUAUGGGCACCAACGCUUAUUUUGCUUAUACGGUUGUCGGGUUUCACGGUUCUGGUAAUGUUCCUUACAAAAGUGCCUUAGCAGCUGUUUUUAUAGAAGGUUUAAUCUUUUUGUUCAUUUCUGCAAUUGGGUUCAGAGCCAAACUUGCUAAACUGGUUCCAAAACCGGUUCGGAUCAGUUCCUCAGCCGGCAUCGGGCUAUUCCUUGCGUUUAUCGGGUUACAGAAUAACCAAGGAAUCGGGUUAGUCGGGUACAGUUCAUCAACUUUGGUGACUCUUGGAGCCUGCCCCAGAUCCGCUAGAGCUGCAGUGGCUCCCGUUAUAACGGCAGCUAACGGCACUGUCAGUUUAAUGCAAGGCGGGUCAGUUUCCGGCGACAUUUUAUGCCUCCGGGACAGAAUGGAAAGCCCCACAUUGUGGCUUGGCAUUGUUGGGUUUGUUAUAAUUGCUUAUUGUUUAGUGAAAAAUAUUAAAGGGGCAAUGAUCUACGGGAUAAUUUUUGUAACGGGGGUUUCUUGGUUCCGUAACACAGAAGUAACGGCGUUUCCUAACACACAGGCUGGAAAUAUUGCCCAUGAGUACUUCAAGAAAGUAGUUGAUAUACAUGUAAUUCAAAGUACAGCUGGGGCACUAAGUUUUAAAAGCAUAGGCAAAGGCUAUUUUUGGGAGGCUUUAGUCACGUUUUUGUAUGUUGACAUAUUGGAUACAACAGGGACAUUAUAUUCAAUGGCUAGAUUUGCCGGAUUUACUGAUCAAAAUGGUGAUUUUGAGGGUCAAUAUUUCGCUUUCAUGUCAGAUGCCAUGUCAAUUGUCGUAGGGGCACUUCUCGGCACAUCACCUGUAACGACAUUUAUUGAAUCGUCAACUGGGAUCAGAGAAGGUGGACGAACAGGGUUGACUGCGUUAAUAGUGGCAGUAUAUUUCUUUCUAGCAUUCUUUUUUACACCGUUGUUGGCAUCAAUACCGGCAUGGGCGGUAGGACCACCGUUGAUAUUGGUGGGAGUGUUGAUGAUGAGAUCAGUGGUGGAGAUUGAAUGGAAUGAUAUGAGGCAAGCUAUCCCUGCUUUUAUAACAUUGAUGUUGAUGCCUUUGACCUAUUCAAUUGCUUAUGGGUUGAUUGGUGGAAUUGGUACAUAUGUUGUGUUGCAUAUUUGGGAUUGGGGUGUGGAGUUCCUUGCAAAAUUUGGUAUUGGGAAGAAGAAAAAUAGUGGGGCAAUCGAGAUUGUUAGAGGAGUAGAAGUAGAAGUAAACGGAAACGGAAACGGAAACGGAAACGGAAACGGAAACGGAAACGGAAAAGAAAAUGAAAUGGUGUAGGUGUCAACGAUAUAAUUAUGUAUACAUUUCGAAUGAUUCAAACGUUUUAGUCUUUUUUUAGACUCAAUUUUCAAUUUUAGAUUUCAUUAGAAGGAAGAUAUUUGAAGAGAUGGGUCCCAAAAGAGAUUGUAAAUAAUAAUAUUAUAAUGUAAUUUAAUGGUUUUUCA